AUGGGCGAGGACAGGACUCGGUACUGGUUUGGGAGGAGCCGGACUAACGAUCGAGAAAACCACGCGUCUUCGGACCCCGAGAGAGAGAGGCAGAGGAGAUACGCCCGGCUGUUUGAGGAGCUGGACCUGAAUAAAGAUGGCAGGGUAGACAUCAGCGAGCUGAGGUUUGCACUCGCAGCGCGCGGUUUGCAUCGCCGCGAGGCGGAGGAGAUUGUGCGGGAAAGUGAUGUCAACCAUGACGGUUUGCUGGACUUUCAAGAGUUCUCCCACUACCUGCGGGCUCAAGAGAAGAGACUGCUGCUCAUGUUCCGCAGCUUGGACUACAACAAGGAUGGUAAAAUUGAUGUCGGGGAGAUCCAGCGGUCACUGCGACACCUCGGACUGGAGGUCACAAAGGAGCAGGCCACCAGAAUACUUCAGAGUAUGGACAAGGAUGGCACCAUGACCAUCGACUGGACUGAGUGGCGAGAUCACUUCCUGUUCAACCCUUUCCAUAACAUGGAGGAGAUUGCCCGCUACUGGAAGCGCUCCCACAUGUUUGACAUUGGGGAACAUCUGACAGUGCCGGAUGAUUUCUCAGAGCAGGAGCAUCGCUCAGGAGUGGUAUGGAGGCAGUUGGUAGCUGGGGCAAUGGCCGGGGCAGUUUCAAGGACAGGAACUGCCCCCCUGGAUCGUCUCAAGGUUUUCCUGCAGGUACAUGGCUCUGCCUCUCAGGGUAGCAACAUGUGGUCUAGGCUGAAGGACAUGAUCCAGGAAGGAGGUCUUCGCUCACUCUGGAGGGGCAACGGCAUCAACGUCCUUAAGAUCGCCCCAGAAUCUGCCAUCAAGUUCAUGGCCUAUGAGCAGAUCAAGUGGCUGAUCCGAGGGCAUAAAGAGGGCGGCAGUCUAAAGGUUCAAGAGAGGUUUAUCGCUGGCUCCUUGGCUGGAGCCACUGCCCAGACCAUCAUCUACCCUAUGGAGGUGUUGAAAACUCGUCUUACAUUGAGGAAGACGGGGCAGUACCAAGGCAUAGCUAACUGUGCUAGGGAGAUCCUUAGAAAGGAAGGUGUACGAGCCUUCUACAGGGGUUAUCUGCCUAACACAUUGGGUAUCAUCCCCUACGCUGGCAUCGAUCUUGCUGUGUAUGAGACUCUGAAGAAUGCCUGGCUGCAGAGGUAUUGCAUAGGCUCAGCAGACCCUGGAGUUCUGGUCCUCUUAGGCUGUGGUACCAUCUCUAGUACCUGUGGCCAGCUGGCUUCCUAUCCUCUGGCCCUCAUCCGAACCCGCAUGCAAGCUCAGGCCACCGCUGAGGGAGAGCCAAAAUUAUCCAUGCUGGACCUGUUCAAACACAUCAUGUCCAGUGAGGGUGUACCAGGCCUCUACCGCGGCAUUGCGCCCAACUUCCUCAAAGUCAUUCCUGCUGUCAGCAUCUCCUAUGUUGUGUAUGAGCACAUGAAGAGAAUCCUAGGUGUGGGCUCCUAA